AAGCAAAAACACAAGCACAAGCAAAAGCAAAAGCAAAUCAACACAAAAUCUGCACAAUGGUUGACCGAGGAAUGUUUGUACCCGCCGGACAAUGGCCUCAAAAUGAAAGUAUCGCAAUGUCAGAAUCCGAGGAUCAGCUUCUACCACGCAGUUUUCACCCUGACAGCUGGACCGUCGUUUGCGGCAGAGGCAGAGAGUGCUACGAUCAUACUGGAAAUCGACGCCUUCGUGUCCUUGUUGACGCCUAUGUUGACAGGUAUGUUGCAGCCAUCAACAAAAUGCAGAAGAGCUUGAUCGUGAGCUCCAUCGUUGAUUCGGUUCACGAAGCCUCCAGUUCUGAAGGCUUUGUGAAGCGAGACCCUGCAACUAAUUAUUGGGUGACGGUAUCGGAAGAUACAGCAAGAGAAAAGGUUGGACAGCUUCUUAGGGAUGCAAUAGCAAAGAAGUACCCCAAGAGGGCCAAGGCAAAGAAGGAGAUGAGAAGGGCGAAGGCAGAAACAGGGUCUCAGGAACACUUGCCGAAGUUGCUCCUGCGGAGUGCGUCCGCACCUCUUGUACACGUGAGGGAAGCACUAGGAACUGGAACGGGAGCUGCUGCUCAGAAACAUCAGGAAAGUGAGGUGUGCCCGGCACCUCGAUUGACUUACAUGCGCAGUUGGCCUGGGAAUGUAAGCAACACUCGUACUUUCCACGACAUUUUUGAUGAUGCAAAGUUUUCAAUUGACGAAACUACUAUCAUGGAUGCACCCACCCAAGAAGGUGCCAACCAGCAUGUCAGAAGCAAAACUCGUACAUUCCACGACAUUGUGGAUGAUGCAAAGUGUUCAAUUGACGACACUACAUGUACUGGUACUAUCACGGAUGCAUCCGCCCAAGAAGGCGCCAUCCAGCCAUGCCACACUGGCAAAUGA